GCCAGUCUCUCGGCCCAGCUCUCCCGAGAGGCGGCCGGAUCCUCUGGGCUGCUCGGUCGAUGCCUUUGCCCCUGACUUCCAGGCAUGAGGUGGCUCCUGUCCUGGACGCUGGCAGCAGUGACCGCAGCAGCCGCGGGCAGCACCCUGGCCAUGGCCUUCUCUCCAGCCCCCACGGCCAUGGCCUUCACCCCGCUGCCACUGGAGGAUACAUCUUCACGCCCCCAAUUCUGCAAGUGGCCUUGCGAGUGCCCGCCGUCCCCACCCCGCUGCCCGCUGGGGGUCAGCCUCAUCACUGACGGCUGUGAAUGCUGUAAAAUGUGUGCUCAGCAGCUCGGGGACAACUGCACAGAGGCAGCGGUCUGUGACCCCCACCGGGGCCUCUACUGCGAUUACAGCGGGGACAGCCCGAGGUACGCAAUAGGAGUGUGUGCACAGGUGGUCGGCGUGGGCUGCGUCCUGGACGGGGUGCGCUACACCAACGGCCAGUCCUUCCAGCCCAACUGCCAGUACAACUGCACGUGCGUGGACGGCGCGGUGGGCUGCACGCCCCUGUGCCUGCGCGCGCGCCCCCCGCGCCUCUGGUGCCGGCACCCCCGGCGGGUGCGCGUGCCCGGCCGCUGCUGCCGGCAGUGGGUGUGCGACGACGAUGCCACAAGGCCGCGCAAGACAGCGCAGCGCCACACGGGCGCCCUAGCGGCCACGGGUGGGGUGGAGCCGUGGCAUCGGAACUGCAUAGCCUACACUAGCCCGUGGAGUCCCUGCUCCACCAGCUGCGGCCUGGGGGUCUCCACCCGCAUCUCCAACGUCAACAGCCAGUGCUGGCCAGAGCAGGAAAGCCGUCUGUGCGCCCUGCGGCCCUGCGAUGCGGACAUCCAUCCACACAUCAAGGAAGGGAAGAAGUGUUUGGCCGUGUACCAGCCCGAGGCACCCGUGAACUUCACCCUCGCCGGCUGCACCAGCACACGCUCCUACCGGCCGAAGUACUGUGGAGUGUGCACAGACAGCAGGUGCUGCAUCCCCUACAAGUCCAAGACCAUCGACGUCUCCUUCCAGUGUCCCGACGGGCCUGGCUUCUCCCGCCAGGUGCUGUGGAUCAACGCUUGCUUCUGCAACCUGAGUUGUAGGAAUCCCAACGAUAUCUUUGCUGACUUGGAGUCCUACCCUGACUUCCCAGAAAUUGCCAAUUAGAUGGGCACAAAACAUGGGGCUCGGGGCGUGGCCCAGUGUGUGCGAAGCAGCCAGCCCUCCGAGGCCCACAGCUGAGCCUUCUUUGUCCACCUCCCACUGACUUCUAACUAUCCUGAUCCAGACCGUUGGCCCCCUGUCCCAUUUCCAAACACCCAAAUGACCCAUUCCACUGCCGCUCGGGCCCAGACUCUGACUUCUGUCCUUGGCAGCUUUCUGAAUACACUCCAGACAAAGUGCCUGCUUCCAGCUCUUCUGGACAAAACUCAAUGGUGUCCAAGUGAUUGGAAGUCCUGCCGGAUCUUACCUGAGUUCCAAGGAACAGCACCAGCUAGGCAUUUCCCCUCGCUCGUUCCCUUUCUAGACGCCAUACCGCAAGACUCUUUGGGUCCAUUCAGAAGGGCAGACAGAAUCUAGGACAAUGGGGCCGUCUGUUAUGUGGGCCCUGCCAAGUGGACUCUAAUAGACAGUUCUGGUAAUAGCACACCCAAGUGUCUCUGAUUCCAAAGAUCUGUAUACCGAAGGUCACCAAAUAUUUGCCAAGUGAGGUGAAUUGUUGUUUGGUUUUGAUUUUUAAUGGCAAAUUGUGUUCAUGAACCCAGGCUUUGUGGAGGUGAAGUCUGUCUUCAUCCCUCCCUGUAAAGGUUCCAAAUUGGCUCGUUUCGGUCAGAAAUGCCAUUUGAUAACUUUCAUUCUUAUUCAUGGGAAAAGUCUCCAGUCAAUACUGUAGAGUCAGAACAGGGUCAGAAGAAGCGAUGGACCCUCGCGUGAAUUUGCUGCUGGCCGACAGGACACUGGGCGGCUGGGCAGCUCUUCUGUGCAUCCAGACCCUCUCCCUACUUGGGUGCUCCUGGGAGUUGGUGGUGCCUUUAGGAUGGCCUCUCGGACCCUGGAGAGUGGCAUCCCAGGAUGUCUCUCUCCCUUGGGAGACCUAGCUGAAGCCCAGGCCAGACCUGCCUGAAAUAACUGAGACAGUUACAGGCUAUGUGUGGCUCAAAACAAGAAGUGGAUCCACUCUGCAUCAGCCUGGAGCAGCAGAGUCACCUUCUGGGCCCAGGACACCUGUCCUUCUCUUGCAGUGACCCUUCUCACAGACUUCGGGUCUGCUGACCCAAGCCCCAGUCCUGGUGCGAGGACAGAGGUUGACCAGUUGUUCAGAGUCAGAAAUCUAUUUAACAGGGACCAAAUGCAAAAAUGGGUUGAGGCUCAAAAGGAACAGAAGGCUGUUAUGAAUGGAAAUGAGGCUGUUAUCUAUCUGAUUAGCAGAAUAUAAAUAAUUACUGUUAUAAUUCUUUUAUUUACUACCUUCUGUUUACCAGACAUCGUUCCCAGUGCUUUAUGUGCAUUAGCUCAUGGAGAAACGUGGCGAUUGUGUUGGAAAGUGCCUCUUACUAUUUCCAUUCUUACAGAUGUGAAAUAGGAGCUUGGCAGGACCCUUGACCAGUCACCCAGCUGCAAGUGGGGAAGUCGGGAUUCAAAUCCAAGCCCGACUGACUUCACAACCCGUGUCUUUGUCCUUACUUUUAGAGCUUCCAGAUGUGUCGAGCGGAAAGACAUGUUGGAAAUAACUGACUUCCUACUCUUGUCUUCCACUCUUUUUACUGUCUCUCUAGCUCCUUUCCCAAGAGAGGAGUAUCUGCCUUUCAGAUAUGUAGGUGCCUGCACAUUCAAAAAAUACGGGAUGGACAAAAUACCCUCGGAUCUUCUGUUCGUCCUCCCCUCCUUCAGAUCAGGAGUCAGCUCUGAUCAUGCGUUUAAGAGAUGGUUUUGUCCACACAAUGCUGUGGAUGAGAGACAUAUGGCUUAUUCCUGAGGGGAUUCGGUGCUGGCGGCCUGGGAUUCUGAAACAGGAAAAAAAGGACUGGAAAUAUGCCCCCUUGACCGUGACCUCCCACACGCCUGGUCCAGUAUAAGGCGUACAGUGGUCCUCAAUAUCUAUUUGAGGAAUAAAGGAAACUAUGUCUGUGUUCCUACUUUUACUCAGAGGCCCUCUUCUUCCAAAGGUACGUGACAAUCGAAGUUGUAUCAGCCAAAUCUUAUUUUAAGUGCCACGGGGAAAGAGACACUUACUAUUUCAACCGAUGUAUAUUUUUGUUGAAAGAAGAAUUUCGUGCAAAGAGCAUUUACCCCAAGAAUAAGCUCUUCUCUAAACCUGUGUGGAUCUCUGUUGGAUUUUCUCAGAGUGAAAUCUACAAAGGUAGAUUUGUAGGUCUACAAAGACCUCAGAGUGAGGUCUGUAAAGUACAAGGACUGGAUGACAGCUAACCACAUUUGACAUCCCAAGAGCUAGGUUCUUCCUGAGUUUGCAUCCCAGUUUGGAAAGAUGAGCACAGCUUCCAAGAUCGUAGGAAGCCUGGUUGGAGGAAUCUGGGAUUAUCUUGGGGCCGAGUGGGCUGGGGUACCUCCAGACACUAUUGGUUUUGAGAAACGGGCCUGUCCUCGGCAGGUGCCAUGGGGAAAGUCUCAGCUCUAUGCUUUGAAGUCAUGGGGAAGGAGAUUUGGGACCAAUAUAAGGAAAAUCUUUUUAGCAGUCAGAAUCACUAGGCAGUGGUGUGUGACCUACUUCCCUAAAAGUUAGGAAUAUUAAUCACAGUGGAAGUCCCUUUAUCGAAAGCUUACAUGGUGCCACCCACUUUGCUAAGUUUUAAACGAUCUUACUAAUAUUCACGACAGUUGGAAGGAAGCUUCUCGUCCCUCUUUUUAUACAUGGAAAGGUUGAGAUGCAAAGAGGCUGAGAAAUCAAGAGGCCAAAACAAGUUGGAGCCCAAAUUCCAGCUUAUUCCAUUCGGCCUUGCUCUUGGGGAGGCCUCCAGGAAGAGCAUGAAUGAUCCCCAGCAGAGUAUCUCAUGGGCAAGACCAUCCAGUAGACAACAUAGAUGGGCCUUCCAGUCCUUUGUUGCUCAGUGCUCUGGGAUAAGGGAGAGACACAGUAAGGACUUGUUAGCCUUUGGUGAAGAAAUUCACAUUAGUGCUUCAAGUGAAUUUCUCUGGCAUGCUUAGGUGGGAAGAUAGAGGAAGCCUGUAUUCUCAAACCACUACUUCUUGCUAAACCUUAUUGCCAACACUUGGUGAGCACUCACUGAGUGCCAGGCCCUGGCUAGGUGCUUUACUGCUGUAUCUUUCUGAAUCCCCAUAGCAAACCUAUGAGACAUGGCACUACUAUCAUUUCCCGCUUUAGAUUAAGGUGCUGGGGCUCACAGACAUUAAGUUCUUUGCUCAGUGUCUUACCAGCUUGUGAACUGCAGGCCAGGACUGCCAUCCAGGGUUAGUCUGACAUGUGAGCCACCUGUCCUCACACAAAGAUCAGUGAGCAUGCCCCCGAAACCAAAAGGUACCCAGAGAUGCUUCACUGGCAACAGGGCAAUGACUGCGAUGUUAAUUUCAAGGUGAUUCAGAGAGGGAGUCAGGAAAGUAGAUUUGAAUGAUACGGUUGUCUAUAAUCUCAUUAACAUUGUGCUGUGUGUACGUAGAGAUAAUGGGCAAGCAACGAGACCCCUGACUAUUCUAUUGAAUUAGGUCACUGCUUUUUAAAGACUUACCUUGAUGUAAAGCAACUUGCACAGCUUGGGACUCAUGAAUAGUCAGAAUGGUCAACUAUGGAUCUCUGCACUUAUACGUAUGUGUGUGUGUAUAUACGUGUCUGUUUAUAUCUGUUUUCAAACUGUGACUUCAUAUUUAAGUAUUCCUACCGCCAUUUUCGCAAGUGGCUAAAAAAUACAAACGAAGAAACGUCUUGGAAUCUCCCAAUAGAGGAAAAAAGUAGCACACGGGCGAUCUGUCAUGUUCUACAACAUUCCUCAUUUUUCUCACGAUUCGUGUAGCGCGGAACGUGUUUGUUCAAUGUGAAGGAUUUUCGGUGCGCAAAUUCCCCGUUUAUGCUUUUCUCCUUAAAGCAAUAAAUCGUCAGCAAAAUGA